AUGUCUAACCUACCAGACCUAAUUAAAAUAGACGACAUAGCCUCUGGAAAAAUAGAUCCCGAGGAUAUAUACGCUGAGCUCGACCGUCUAAAAGCAGAAAUCAACAUUCUUCGUAACGAUAUGGCGCAAUUUGUGCGUGCUUUGGCGUUCAUUCCUGACGAUGCCAACCAACAACAGUACUAUGCAACGGUCUCCAACCGUCUUAAAACGGUCCAGAGGGCCAUCAAGGACUACUGUGCUCAAUACAACCGUCUUCUACCGAUUAUAAACUUGUCUCAGAUUAGAUUGGGUCACGAGGUGGAACAGAUUCUGUCCAAUGAUCGCAGGCAAAGUAGUAACGGAAACUUGCUUGCUACAGCGAGUAACAACAGCGCAUUGGGAGAUACAAACUCAACCACAACUGACCUCUCACACCCCAUAUCCCCUCCAAAUACCGCCCCAGCUCCAUCCCAGGGCCCCAUAUCCGUGCACCCAAACACCACUUCAUCGGCAUCUGGUUCUGGAGCAAAUGCUCGCACGCCCAUCGUGUUACCCUGA